UCCAGAGAGAAGAACAAUGGUUGCAGAGGAAGUGAUAAUUACAUUGUCUGGUGGAGCGCCAUGGGGGUUUCGUCUCCAGGGAGGCGUGGAACAUCAGAAACCACUCCAGGUAGCGAAGGUGCGCAAACGCAGCAAGGCAUGCAGGGCUGGGUUGCGGGAGGCUGAUGAGCUGGUCUCCAUCAAUGAGCAGCCAUGUGCAACGCUCUCCCAUGCCCAGGCCAUGAACCUCAUCGACAGUUCCCCUGGGAUAUUACACAUCCGGGUCAAAAGGGCGCCUGUUGGUUUUCAGUCUGUGGUGCUUGUGACCCGAGCCCCAUCUCCCCGAAUAGACAAAGAGUACCGUGCUGCUCUGCGAGCUAUGUCACCAAAUCACCCUCACCAUGCACCUGUCCGUGAAGUCCAUCGUAGCCGCUCCACCCUAACCAGCGGCUUGACAUCGCCACCUGGGAGCGAGGCUUACUAUGGCGAGACUGAUAGUGAUGCAGAUGUGGCAGGCUACGAGAGACAACGCAGGCAGAAACGCCGAAGCCCCAGCAACUCCAACCCUGGGAAACCCACAGGACGAACCUCUCCUGAGGGUGGGGAGACAUCAGAAAUGAGUGGCUAUGACAGCGCUCCAGAUGCACAUGUUUACCCCCGUUUAUUGGAUGGUGGAGAGGGAAAUGGAGGAGGAGGUCUGCCAGGGGUGGCUAGAAGGGAAGUGAUUUACCAACCUCCUGGUCCCGGAAUGUGGUCUUCCCAGACAUCGACAGAGACUUCCUCUAUCAUAUCCUCAGCAGAUGACCAAGGGCCACGGGAUGCAGGGCAAGAGGAGGAUAGUGGCUUUUUAGAGCCUGCCAAUGUGCCACUGGUAUCCCCUGAGAGGGCAAAGGAGGCUCUGAUGCUUGGCUCCCGUAACCAGCUCGUGCCCAUGGUGGGUCCUGUGAAUAAACCCAUCGAUGAUGAGCUUACAACAACCUACAUGGAAAAGGCCAAGCAAGCCAAACUGAACCGAGGGGAUACACAGCAAGACAAACAAGUAAAGGAAGCCAAAAGCAAGUGUAGAACAAUCGCCUCUCUUCUGACAGAUGCUCCUAAUCCUCACUCAAAAGGUGUGUUAAUGUUCAAGAAGAGAAGGCAGCGCUCCAAGAAGUACACACUCACUAGCUUUGGUAGUGUUGAUGAGGACAGGUGUCAGGACUCACAAGAGGAGGAUGGGGUACUUCCUGGCAGUGAAUCUGAGUUUGAUGAGGAAGGUUUUUCAUCACUUCCUGACCCGACUUGGGACAGUGACUAUCUGGAUAUGCUGGAAAAGAGGGCAACAGCAGGUACUGAAGGUCGUGGGGAUGGAGCAGAGGAUGCUCCGAGUCCAGGUUUGAGUGACACUGUGGGCAAGGGUGCCCAGUUAUUUGAGCAACAGAGAAAAAGGGUCGCUGAGCAUGCCAAGAAGGCAGAAGCAGCAAAACCUCAAGUACCUCCACAAUCCCAAGUCCAUGAGGAACCUCAGAUACUCCAGAUGUUUCAGUCACAACAAGAAGUAGAGCCACAAGUACAAACAAACUUACAACCUCAGCACAUAACACUACCUGGACCUAUAUCCACACAACCAAUGCUAUCACAAGCCCCAGGUCCAGUUUCUGUUGCAUCCCGUGGAAUGACUAAUGGAGACCUAUCCUACUCUGCAGUCAGCAGAGCUAGCAUGGAGGAGUCAUCUCCACCAGUGGCACCCAAACCAGCUACUGCCUCAGUUACCAUUCUGACCAGUCCUGGUCAACCAGCCGAAACACCAUUGCCAGAACUACCUGUGAGUAAUGUUCUCAACAGAACAGCACGUCCUUUUACCCCUGGCUUUAUCAGCAUUCGGGCUGCAACUGCCCCUGUGACGUUCCGGCCACCUGUCACAAAGACAACCCAGCGUCCUGCCUCAACAGCUGUUGUCCCGCCACCAUUUUCCACUACAUCUGAACUAGACAUUAACAAUACAGCAGGAACUUCACAGCUAUCCCCUGGUACUUCAUCAGUGAUCUUGCCACAAUCUUCCAUACUUCAAAGUUCCUUGGUCUCAAAGCCAGAAGCUCCUGUUACCUAUCACCCUCCAUCCCUUUCUAUUUGUGUGCAGUCAACACCACCAAUUACUACUGUUCAGCAGGCUCCAUUUCCAACUGUUACUCCAGCCUCUGUUCCAUCAGUACCACCAGCACCACAGGUACCAGUGAUUCUAGCCCCUGGUCCACCUACAUUUCCUGUCUCAGCUGACCAAGUUAUCCCAGUGUCUCCACUUCAAACACCAGUUGCUCAGCUACCACUGCAAUCUUCAAUUGCACCUUUGUCUAAAGUGUCAGUGGUCUCCCAGCCUGAAACUGUAGCUCCAACCCCAGUUCCUGGUCCAACAGGUCGCACAGGAAUCUUGCUUGAGGCUCGAAGGCGUAGUGGGAAACCCAAACCAAUGUUCAAUGUGCCAGAUGUUAAAAAGAAAUCCCCCAAUCCUGAACUGUUGUCUAUGGUGCAGAAUCUGGAUGACAGAUCCAGCCGACACAACUAUGGCCAACCACCCAACGAGAAUAUCUAUGAUGAUUCUGAGGAAAUUAGAAGCGAUGAGGCUGGCAUAGGAAAGGUGCCUCCUCCAGUGGCACCCAAGCCACGAGUUGUUCAUGAAGCUCCACAGAUUCUCCAAGCAGGAGGUAAGGGGGCCCAACUGUUUGCCAAAAGGCAGAGCCGUAUGGGUAUGUAUGUAGUGGACACUCCACCUGAGACUACUUACCAGAAGGAAGGGGCAAUGCACAGUGCAGCACAACCCCUUGGUUCCUCCCUCAAUCCUUCACUUCCUUCUCAAUGGAAAUACUCCCCAAAUGUCCGUGCACCACCCCCAAUUGGGUACAACCCACUUUUGGCCCCAUCUAUCCCUACUGGGCCUCAGAGAGAAACAAACAAGCCAGACAACAGGGGUAGAGGAAGCUCUCCAAGAGAGGGCAUCAAAGCACUGGAUUUCAUGAGAAGGCAACCCUAUCAGCUCAAUUCUGCCAUGUUUAACUAUGGGGGCAGCGCUGCUAAUCUAGCCGCUAUGCCUUCUUACCAAGCCCAGCAGCGUGACUACAUACCCCCAAUGGUGGGAAGCUCCUUGACCUCACCAAGGCAGAUCCCCAUCAAAACAGCCCGUGUCUAUGAGGUCAAGCGAUUCUCCACACCUACACCUAUGUCCGGUCCAUCUCUCGCUCCUAAAGUCCUUGCACCACGCUCAGCCACUUCCCUUGGAGAACGUUUGACUCACUCUGGCAUGACCUCCCCACCUCCUGAAACCUUCACUCCAACUGCAGUCUCUGCCUUGACAACAGCACCAGACAGUAUACCAACUCCAGCUGCACCUCUGUCCCAACCAACUGGACCACCCAACCUUCCAAAAUUUUCUGCCACUCCCAUUCCAAACCCAGUGCCCCCUGCAGUCCCAACACCUUAUGCUCCAGUGUCAUAUACCACUGGGCUCCAGUCAGCCAAACAGUUCCAGAGUGCUCCUGAGCUCAGCAUCCUUGCCUCUCUUCCUCCACUCAAGUCCAACCCAGUACAGGCACCUAAACCACGAUUUGUGGCCACCAAGGGAGGUGUUCAGCCCCGUGUCUGGAGGCCAGGGGCAAUCUGA